AUGCCUUUUCAAUUUAGGCAUACUUUUGCUUUUAUAUGCGUUUUCGGUCAACCUCAAAAUCCUGCAUUUCUUUGGGAUAAAUUCAAAUCUUACCUAAUUGAGGAUUUCUUGCGCACUAAUUCUGAGUCACUUGCCAUUAAUUUAGCUUUACACGAUAUUUCUAAUACCCUUAAUGCUCACGGGCUACAUUGCAACAAUUUUAAUCUUCCUAUCCCUGAACCUAUUCUUCAACCAAAAUUAUAUGAUUCAGUAACGGAGACAGCUAAGGCUUUGGUAAUGUUAUCCAACACAUCGGUUUCAUGUAUGAGACCUUUAUCUACACAAGCUAAGGAAAUUAAACUUGCCCAUUUAAUAAUUAUAGAUGAAUCAAGUAUGAUGACAAAACAUGCUUUACGCUGUAUAGAUGCCUUACUUAGGGAAAUUAUGCAAAUAAAUACCCCCUUCGGUGGCAAAGUUAUUUUAUUAGGAGGAGAUUUUAGCCGCAUAAUUCUAACUACAAAAAACGAUAUUGCAUUAACAUUAAAUAACACUAUCAUAUCAAAACUUCCAUCCUCUUUAAGACUUUACUAUAGUUCUGAUUCAUUGGUUUCCGAUCACACAGAUGAAUCUCUCAACUAUCCACCUGAAUUUCUACAUUCCCUAACACUAUCUGGAAUGCCACCUCACAUACUAUCCUUAAAAGUUGGUACAAUUAUUAUUCUUCUUCGCUAUAUGAAUCCCACAAAAGGUUUAUGUAAUGGCACCCGCCGCAUAAUUCUAACUACAAAAAACGAUAUUGCAUUAACAUUAAAUAACACUAUCAUAUCAAAACUUCCAUCCUCUUUAAGACUUUACUAUAGUUCUGAUUCAUUGGUUUCCGAUCACACAGAUGAAUCUCUCAACUAUCCACCUGAAUUUCUACAUUCCCUAACACUAUCUGGAAUGCCACCUCACAUACUAUCCUUAAAAGUUGGUACAAUUAUUAUUCUUCUUCGCUAUAUGAAUCCCACAAAAGGUUUAUGUAAUGGCACCCGGUUAAUAAUCAAAAGUAUGCAUAAUUAUUUUUUGGACGCCGAAAUAAUUACAGGCACCAAUAAAGGUUACAGGGUCUUUAUUCCUCGCAUUGAUUUAACUCCAAGUGAAUCACAAUUACCUUUUAUUUUAAAACGUCGCUAA